AAAUACAACACUAAAAAUAAAAGAAUCCCUAUAAUUUCAUUCAGAACCGCGGCGCUGCUAUUCUUCUUCUUCUUCACCAGAUUUCUCAGAACCGGCGCGCCGCUCUUCUUCUUCACCGGAUUUCUCCUCCAAGCUUCUUCUUCAUUUCGGUUGCUAUAAGAUUAGGAUCAUAGGUAAUAGGAGCUCUAUCCGGAGAAGAAUGACCUUUUGCCUUUUGGUUUGAGGAUUCACAAUGUCGGGGGUACUGAGUUCAGGUUUGAAUGGAUCAAAUUCAAAUAUUCCGGAUAACACUGGAAGAGCUUUUGCAACUUCCUUUUCUGCGCAAUCAGGUUCCUCCGGAGCUGUCUUAAACCAGUCUGGCGGUAACCUUCAAGGGCUUCACAAUAUCCAUAGUAGCUUUAACAUGUCAAGCAUGCCCGGGCCUUAUGCAUCAAGAAAUUCAGGAAAUAUUGGUGGUCUUCCAAAUGGUGUCCAACAGGCUCCAGGAAGUGUGUCUAAUGGGAGAUAUGCGAUAAAUAGUCUUCCUAAUGCACUUUCUCAGCUAUCUCUGGGAAGUUCACAUGGACAUUCAGGUCUUAAUAAUAGUGGGGGCCCAGGUGUGCUUCCAAAUAUGGGAAAUUCAGGGAGAAUCACAAAUACUAUUGGCGGUCUUGUGGGUGGGGGCAAUGCUUCAAGGGGUGCAAGCUCUACGGGCGUUGGAAAUAUCCCUGGUCUUGCAUCUCGUUUGAAUCUGGCAGCUCCGCAGGUGGUAUCCAUGCUGGGCAAUUCUUAUUCUGGUGCUGGUGUGCCACUUUCUCAAAACCAAUUUCAAGCUGGGAAUAAUAAUUUUAGUUUUAUGGCAUUACUAAAUGAGUCAAAUGCUCAUGAUAAUGCUACUUUUGAUGUAAAUGACUUUCCUCAGCUAUCAGGGCGUCCUCCUUCAGCUGGUGGCUCCCAUGGUCAAAUAGGUAUGAUGCAAAAGCAUAACAUCGGUUUUGGUCAACAGAACCAAGAAUUCAGCAUUCAAAAUGAAGAUUUCCCUGCUUUACCAGGAUAUAAAGGUGGUCUUAAUGUUGGUGGAAGUGCUGAAUAUACCAUGAAUGCUCACCAAAAAGAACAGAUCCAUGACAGUAUGACAAAUUUAAUGCAGCAGUCUCAGCAAUUAUCUAUGGGGAGGUCUUCUGGUUUUAAUUUUGGUGGAACCUAUUCAUCACAUCAUCCUCAACAACAUCGUGCUUCCUCAAUAAAUGGCACAGGGGUUUCCUAUCUAACAUCGGGCAACUCAGAUCUUCAUUUUCAUGGUCCUGAGCAGUAUCAGCAAUUCCAGCAGUCCCAAUCUCGUUUCAUAAAUCCAUUUAGAGAUAAAGACAUGAAAGCCACACCGGGAUCCCAAAGUGUACCGGAUCAAUAUGGGAUGCUUGGUCUGUUAAGCAUCAUAAAAAUGGUAAAUCCAGCUUUGACCUCUCUUGCUCUGGGACUUGAUCUGACAACUCUAGGUUUAAACUUGAACUCAUCUGAGACUCUUCACAAGAAGUUUGCAUCUCCCUGGUCUGAUGAACCUGUCAGAGGAGAACCUGAGUAUAGUGUGCCCGAGUGCUAUUAUGCUAAACAGACUCCUCCUUUGAAGCAAACCUAUUUCGCAAGAUUCCGGCCAGAAACAUUAUUUUACAUCUUUUACAGCAUGCCAAAAGAUGAGGCACAACUUUUUGCAGCAAAUGAACUUUACAACAGAGGGUGGUUUUACCACAAAGAUCUGAGGUUAUGGUUUACAAGGGUAAAGAAUAUGGAACCUCUUGUCAAAACAAACAGUUAUGAGAGGGGUUGCUACUUCUGUUUCGAUCCCAAUGCGUGGCAAACAGCAAGAAAGGAUAACUUCGUCCUUCAAUAUGAAAUGGUUGAGAAAAGACCGGCGCUACCUCAGCAAUAGCCAAUAAAAUUUUCUCCCGUCUCCCUCGUCUGAUCACUUUUUAGAAUUGAAUACAUCAUAACAGAGAAUAUUGCGCCGAUUGCUAUAUGUUGUACUUUGAACCACACACCCCCUUUUUCUAAUUACCAAAGAAACUAUAUUUAACGUUCCCGUUUUGAAUGCUUGUAAUUAUCUCUUUACCUGAGCCGGAGGUAGAGAAUUGUGUUCGACAUGUCACCUCUCCGAGCUUGGCAUGAUGUUAGAUAUGUUGCAGUGCAGGAUAGAGUAAAUUUCUGUAAUCUGAGGCUAAUAUUGUGUUUUAUUUGGCUGGAUGCUGUUGCAACUAGUCUUAUAUUUUGGGAAGAAAAGUUCUAUUAUUGCAA